AUGAGAAGGUUUGGUAUAAUCUCUUUGCGUCAAUUUAAUGCGGUACGCUUUGCGACGCCUCAAUUUGCAAAAAGUAUUCACAGGCUGCGGAAUGUCGGUAUUAGUGCCCAUAUUGAUAGUGGCAAGACGACUUUAACAGAACGCAUUUUAUAUUAUACUGGUCGAAUUGGCAAAAUUCACGAAGUAAAGGGAGGAACAGAAGUUGGGGCAACUAUGGACUCCAUGGAACUUGAGAAAGAAAGGGGAAUUACAAUUCGUUCUGCGGCAACUCACUGUAAGUGGAACGACUAUUUUAUCAAUGUUAUAGACACUCCUGGACAUGUUGAUUUCACCAUAGAGGUUGAAAGAGCUCUGAGAGUUCUUGACGGGGCCAUUAUGCUUAUGUGUGGUGUUGGAGGUGUUCAAAGUCAAACACUUACAGUGGAUCGGCAAAUGAAACGCUACGGUGUUCCUCGCAUUUGUUUCAUUAAUAAACUUGACCGUGAUAAUGCAAAUCCACAACGGGCGCUUAAGAUGGCGAGGGAACGGCUGGGUAUAAAUGCCGCUUUUAUUCAGGUUAACAUGGGGAUAGCACAGGAUUUUGAGGGUGUUGUCGAUGUCAUUGAAAACCGUGCCGUAUAUUUUGAUGGUGCCAAUGGAGAAAGAAUUCGGUUUGAAGAAGUUCCAGUAUACCUCAAGGAUGAAUUGAAAACGGCAAGAAAAGAACUCAUCGAAAGACUCGCUGAAAG